CGUAAUAUAAUAUAAUUACAUUAGACAAGGAAGAUAAAAAUAUUUUCUUAUCUAAGGUCUUUACUAACAAAGAAACUAAGCACAGAUCUUUGCUAAAUAUUUUUAUCACUCAGUACUAACGUUUUUAUUUAGAAGCUAACCUUUACAAAACUUAUAUCAUUUGUUUAUGUAAUGUUUUGAUUAGUUCUUGAACAAUGUCAUUAGGAAAGUUGCAUGUAGUUAACCAGAGUCAAAAAUUGGCUUCUGGUGCAGUAAUAUUUUUACAUGGCUCAGGUGACACUGGCAAAGGCAUCCUGGAAUGGGUACAUUUUCUACUUGGGGAAAACUUUUCAUUGCCCCACAUUAAAUUCCUUUUCCCAACUGCUCCAGUCAGAAAUUACACGCCAAACAAUGGAGAGUUGAGUCAUGUCUGGUUUGAUAGACUUGAUAUUAACCCAGAAGUACCAGAGCACAAGGAAACUUUGGAUUCAAUUGGUGUUGAAAUGAAUAAACUUGUGGAUGAUGUUGUUAAAUCUGGCAUUCCUUUAAACAGAAUUGUAAUUGGAGGAUUUUCAAUGGGAGGAGCUCUAGCUCUUCACAUGGCAUACAGAUACCGUCCAGGCUUUGCUGCAGCUUUUACACUGUCUUCCUUUUUAAAUAACAACUCUGCAGUGUACAAAGAACUAAAAUCUGUAGAAACUGAGCUUUACAUGUGCCAUGGUGACAGGGAUUCUUUAGUGCCUUUACUCUGGGGGGACCAAACAAGACAAGAACUGGCUGAUAGAGGUGUAAACAUUAAAUUUAAUAUUAUUAAAAAUGCUAUGCAUGAACUGAAGAAGAAGGAAUUAACAGAUCUGAUGGAGUGGAUUGAAAAAAAAUUACCAUCACAAUCACACUUAUGAGUACAUUGUAUUCAGUUUAUAAUAAAAUAUAUUGAUAUUUUACAAAA